AUGAAACCUGGUGGGAGACAGCUUCUAGGUUUGGUCUUGGCCAUUUUCGGAUUCCUGGGGAGCAUCGUCAGCUGUGCUCUCCCCACAUGGAGAUCCCCUGAGUGGAGGAAAUCAGAGGGUUUGUGGAAGUCCUGUGACUUUGAUUAUAGUUACUAUCCACGACCAACAACACUGUGCAAAUCUUAUGAUUCUCUGCUGGACUUACCUCAAGACCUGCAGGCUGCCAGAGUGCUCAUCGUCAUCGCCAUCAUUGUCGGGAUCUUUGGGGUGAUGGUUGGUGUUGUCGGGGGCAACUGCACCACCUUGGUGUCAAAUAAGAGGAAAAAUAGCAACGUGGCUAUAGCUUCUGGAAUUAUCUUCAUCAUAUCAGGUGUCCUGGUGAUCAUUCCAAUCUGCUGGAGCACCAUCACAACUCUCACCAUGGCGAGAACGUCUUACUACGGACCUCCAUUGAUGGGAGCCUCACUCUACAUCGGCUGGGCCUCUGCAGGGCUGCUGUUACUGGGAGGAAGCCUCCUCUGCUUCUUUUGUUCACGCAGUAAUGAGAAUGGCUUUAAAGUUGAAUACUCCAAACCUAGCUCUGUGUAA